AUGCAUUGCCUCAUGCUACUCGCUGGCUUCCUCGCCACUCUAAUCGGAAAUGGCUUGGCCGAUGAGUUUAUUCCCGGGUUUAUUUCCCCGCCAAAUUCACCCAGUAACCCCGUAUACACAGUCGGGGAUAGCAUAGAUUUCGAAUGGGUGGGUAUGAGUGGCACAAACGUCGGAGUUCUCAUGUGGCAGCAGUCCCCUGAACCGAGCGUGUCCGGCGGUAACAGCAUUUCGCUUCUAUCGGACUCCUCGUCGACAAGACUCACAUGGAAAGUCUCACGAGACUGGCUCGUGGACAUCGACGACGACGAAACUGUGGUAGCCUUCCUCGCAUUGUACCAAUCUGGAUCCACCAGCGAAGAAUUUCGCAGUCAUUCAUUCAACAUCAGUGCCCUCGCGGACACUCCCUCUGACAAACCUAAGCCCUCCUCAUCUGACGAGGUCACUUCUUCCACCGCGGGGGAAAACGAACCGAAAUCAACUCAAGAAGCAUUGACAGAGACUAUGGUGAAUGAGGCUACCAGAACGAACGCUGCUCCCACGAAUGCCGCAACAACUGACGCAGCUGGCGGUGCGACCACAGCUGCCUUGACUGCUAGCGACACCAGCUCUGAAGAAACAUCGUCAUCGACAGCGAAAUCAUCCCCAGAAGAACCUUCUGACUCGACAUUGUCUACUGAAAAAAUCGCAGGCAUUGUAGUCGGUUUGAUCGUCAGUGUGAUCUCAGCGCUGGGUGGAAUCUCAUUCGUCAGAAGAAGAAAGAAGCGUGCGGUCGAGGAGGCUGAUCCUGAGAUCAAGUUGCAGCCUCAGCAGCAGAGCAGUCAAACUGGUCAGAACACUCAGAGCACCCAUAUUCACAUCCUACCACCAGCCACGGUACCUGGCCAUUUGGUGCAACCCCCUACGUCGUGGAAUGACCCGCCUGUUCAAAGCCAGUCUGGGAAUACACCCCCUCCUCAAAGAUGGACUCACUCAUCUCAGCAAUCAUCGGCUGAGAUCGGCGAUUCCCCCGAGUAUCGCCCAAGCCACGGUCACGGUAACUCAGGAGUCCACGAGGCACCUUAA